AUGAACUUGAUGGGGAACAGGACCAAGCUGCACACCUGGAGCACCACUGCAGAGGAAAACGGGAAGAGGAGAAGGUGUGACAGAUACUUCUACAUCCGGCACAGAGGAGAGACUCGGGGCAUCGGAGGAAUCUUCUUCGAUGAUCUGGACUCCCCAAGUCAGGAGGAGGCGUUCAACUUUGUCAGAAGCUGUGCCCGCACUGUGGUUCCCUGUUACCUGCCUAUAGUGUACAAACACCUCAACGACUCCUUCACCGAUGAAGAGAAGGACUGGCAGCAAGUGCGACGAGGAAGAUAUGUGGAGUUCAACCUGGUGUAUGACAGGGGUGUGAAGUUUGGCUUGGCCACACCUGGCUCCAGGAUUGAGAGCAUUCUCAUGUCGCUCCCCCUCACUGCCAGGUGGGAAUACAUGCAUGAGCCUGCCAAAGGUACCCUGGAGGCGGAGAUUCUGGAAGUGUUACGAAACCCCAAGGAGUGGGUGUGAUCACAGGUUUACAUAUGUAAAUAUGAACAAAACGUCCUGUUUGACAAGAUCAGCAACAGCUGACUGUGUUUACCAAAAGAAUAUUGCCUUGCACUUGUCUAAAGAUUUUAGUUUUUUCAAAAUCUGCAGUGGUACUUUUAUCUUUCUGUUUGCCAUGUUUCGUCAGAUCAGUGUAAACACUGAAUCACACUGGGACAGAAUUACUACUGGUGGCCACAGGUGGCCAUUGUACUUGCUUUGAGGUCAUCUCGCUCACUGUGACGAUGUGCUUCUUUUUGUGCUUUUUUUUUAUAUGACUGUUCUAAAUCUGGCUUGCUAUGCUUGAAGCUUUUGAGCCUUACUCUUCUUUAACAAAGCCCCAGAGGGUAAAAUACGGACAAACUGAUCCAUGGCAUAUAUGUGUGUGCCAUCACUAGCAUCAAAUGUUCAUGUUUUUUAUGUUUUGAUGCAUUUCCUCACAACAAUGGGUUAUUUCAUUCAAAGCUAAAUAAUAACGGACUGUAAUGGACUGUUCAUUUAUGUUGUGGUUGGUUAAUCAUUUGUGUUUAAUGAGUCACUUCCUGGUUUGUUUGAGCAGUGGUAAAACAAUAGGUGGGUCAUGUGCCACAGAGAGGAUAAAUGUGAAUCACAGGCCAUGUUGCUCAUUGAAGAAUGAAGAACAUUUGUCAAAACAACAAAAAUAAUUUAUAGCUAAGAAUUAUAAUAAAAAUGUUGUUCUGUUA